UCAAAUUAAUUUUCAGAAAGAGAAACGGUCCUCAAUGCGCAUUCGCGUCACAUUGUCGUUCGUGUUUCGCGCGUCUGGUUUCAGUUCGCAUUCGCAAGUUGGCAGUAGUGUGUAGGGUAGUCUCGGUGUUUUUGCGCAAUCAACAGGCGGUCGGAACUAAAAUGCGAAAUUUCUUAGUGAUUUACGGUGGUUUUCUGUGAAAUUGAGCUGAUUUUGAGGCGUAGGAGGUGCAGAAGCUGUCCCUGUGUCUUCGGCUUUUGGUUCAUUCAGAGCAACAUUCUACUGAAAGGCACUGCUGGUCAUUGUUAUGGCCUACAUCCCGGCCGGGAAUGGAUUUGGGAGUGAUGUUGUUCCGAUGGGGAACACACGUGACACUCGUGCAGACUCACCUGUUAUAUGUGCUGAUGUUCGGAGUAAUAAUGCUGCAGCUAAGAGCACGCUUGAUACAGGUGAAAAGUUGCACAUUGAAGAUCGUGUGGAUACUGAGGAAUCUCCAGCUUCUGCCGAUUUGAAAAUGAAUCUCGGAACCCAGACUGAAGGCAAUUUCGAAUGUACUGGUUGCAACAUGAAGUUUGAGACUGAACCACUACUGCAGUUCCACUACCGGACCAUCACAGAAGAAAACCACUUCGACUGUAGGGUUUGCAGCAAGAAAUUUAAGACUAGUAAACGUCUUAUUGAACACCUACGUACCCAUACAGGAGAGAAGCCUUUUGAAUGUACCGGUUGCACUAUGAAAUUUGCGACAAAACCACAAUUAGUUAGUCAUUUUCGGUCUCACACUGGAGAGAAGCCUUACGAGUGUAUGUUUUGUCAUAGGAGAUUUACCCAUAGAGUAAAUAUGCGUACACAUGUUCGUAUCCACACAGGAGAAAAGCCCUUUGAGUGUAGUAAAUGUGGAAAGAAAUUUUCAUCCGAGGCUAAUCUUUCCAAACAUUUCCGCGCCCAUUCACAUUCCAAGUCUUUUGAGUGCACCCUCUGCAAGAAGAAAUUUGUGAGCAGCGAUUCCCUGGAAUUGCAUCAACGGAUCCACUCAGAUGAAAGGUCUUUUCAGUGUGAAACUUGCGACAGAAAAUAUACGACGGAGGCAAGUUUGCGCAACCAUCGCAAAAAACACACAGGCAACGAACCUUUUGACUGCACUCCAUGCAACAAGAAGUUUGCUACAAAACGAGGUCUGAUUGAUCACCAACGCAUGCACGCUGGUCACGAGCCUGCAGUGUGUCAUAUUUGCAACAAGAAAUUAGUAUCAAUAUACUCCCUGCGGGAACAUCUUAAACGCCACACAGCGUCGGAAAAGGACGCUGCCGAGAGCAAUGCUGUGAAGAGGAAAAGAAAUUUUAAGUGUCCUACUUGUAACAAGCGCUUCAGAUGGGAAGAAACUCUGCGUUGUCAUAUUCGAACUCACGAGGAGCAGAAUAAGGACCCGACGGAGAGUAAUGCUAGUACAAAAGAAUUACCUUUUGCCUGUAAGACCUGCAACAGGAAAUGUCUGAGUAAAACUGCUUUGGAAAGACACAUCCGUGUUCACACUGGAGAGAAGCCAUUUGAGUGUUCUGUGUGCCGGAAGAAAUUUGCGUGGAAAAGCGGACUGCAAGUUCAUCUUCGAAAUCACAGGCAGAGCGACUUUGACAUUUUGACUAUGGUAGGACUUGAAGGCAAAAGUUUUGAGUGUAAUAUUUGCAACGGCAAAUUUCAGUCAAAGUCCUACUUGGAAAUGCACACUUGUAGCCACACAGGGGAUAGUCGUGCUGUGAGUGAUCAUCUUGUAUCCCACGCAAAUGGUGAUCCGGAGCAGUGCAGCCCUGGUAUUGGAGCAAGAGAGAACGCAGCAGAGAACUCUUUUGAGUGUGCUGACCAGACUAUUGAGAGCAACCUAAACAUUUCUACGGGAGCAGGACUUGAAAGCAAUAGUUUUAAGUGUGGUAUUUGCAACGAUAAAUUUCAGUCAAAGUCCGUAUUGGAAAUACACACUCGUAUCCACAAAGGAGAAAAGCCUUUUGAGUGCACUGUUUGCAAAAGGACAUUUUCGUCGCAAGCAAAUCUGUUCAGGCACAAUCGUGUUCACUCUGAAAAGAAACUUUUUCAGUGUACCGUGUGCGGUAAGAAACUUGCGUCAAGUAGUGGAUUGAGCACUCAUCUCAUAUAUCACACAGGAGACAAACCGUAUGAGUGUUCUCUGUGCGACAAGAAGUUUUGGAAAAAUAUUGAGCUCCGUACACAUCUUCAAUCACACUCAAGUGAUGCUACGAAAGCGAAGCCUUUUGAGUGUACUGUGUGCAACGGGAAAUUCACGACAAAAAACCAUUUGCGUAGACAUAUGCGUAUCCAUACGGGAGACAAACCUUUUGUGUGCCUGACUUGCGACAAGAGGUAUGCGGACAGCACUGAUCUGCGUAAACAUAUGAGAUCACACGCACGUCAAAACGAGUUUUCUGUGAAGAGCAAUACUGACAUGACUCUUGAUUUACCUGAUACUGGUAGUAAUGUGUCGACUGUGGAAAAUCUUGAUUGUACUGACGCUUGCAGUGAUGUUAAUUUAAAAACAAAUGGCGCAGUUGGAACGCCUUCUGAGGCUGCCAAAUUUUGCACUGAAAAUGAUCACAUGGGGAGCAAACUUGAUGUAGCCCCCCAAAAUGGAGUAGAUGUGAAGAAGCCAUUCGGUUGUGAUCGUGCUCAUGUCGGUGGCAGUGAUAUGCUGGAGAGCACAGCCGAAGGUAAUGGAGAGUCGCCUCCUAAAUGUGCUGUGUGCAUCAAAAUAUUCGCCGAUUUGCAAGUACAUGUCGGUUCCCACACAAGUGGCAUGUUUUCUGGUGAAAUGCCAUCUACGUGCGCUGUGUGCAUCAAGAUGUAUGCAGAUUUGCAAAUACAUCUCAGAACCCACUUCAAUGAGAAACCUUGGAAAUGUACGGGUUGUCCAAUGGCAUUUUCAAAUUACGUGCUACUGCGUGACCAUCAUUUUAAAGCCCACACUACAGAGAAAUUGUUCCAAUGUAACCUGUGCGAUAAACAAUAUUCGGACAUGAGCAGCCUUUAUAGACAUCUUAAAAAACACCACAAGGGGCAAAAGCAUUUUGAAUGUUGCAACCGGAAGUUUUACCACAAGCGUGCUGUGAAUGACCAUCUCGUAUCGCACGCAAAUGGUGUUCCGGUGCAGUGCAGCCCUGGUAUUGGAGCAAGAGAGGGCGCAGCAGAGAACUCUUCUGAGAGUGCUGACUUGACUAAUGAGACCGACCUCAACAUUUCUACUGAAGUAGGACUUGAAGGCAACCUUUUUGAGUGUCACAUUUGCAACAAGAAAUUUCGGUCGAAGUCCUUACUGGAAGUACACACUUGUAGCCACACAGGUAAAAAUCGUGCUGUGAGUCAUCAUCCUGUAUCCCCCGCAAAUGGUGAUCUGGAGCAGUGCAGCCCUGGUAUUGGAGCAAGAGAGAACGCAGCAGAGACCUCUUCUGAGUGUGCUGACCAGACUAUUGAGAGCAACCUAAACAUUUCUACGGAAGCAGGCCUUGAAUGCCAAAGUUUUGAGUGUGGUAUUUGCAGCGGAAAAUUUCAGUCUAAGUCCUUGUUGGAAAUGCACACUUGUGGCCACUCAGGAGAAAAUAGUGCUGUGAGUGACCAUCCUGUACCCCACGCAGAUGGUGAUCUGAAACAGUGUAGCCCUGGUAUUGAAGCAAAAGAGGGCGCAGCAGAGAACUCUUCUAAAUGUGCUGACCUGACUAUUGAGAGCGACAUAUCUACGGAAGCAGGACUUGAAGGCAAAAGUUUUGAGUGUGUUAUUUGCAACGGUAAAUUUCAGACAAAGUUUUCAUUGGACAUGCACACUCGUAGCCACACAGGAGAAAAGCCUUUUGAGUGUUCUAUUUGCAAGAAGACAUUUUCGUCCCCAGCAAAUCUGCGCACACACAACCGUGUUCAUACAGGGGAGAAACCAUUCGAGUGUACUGUGUGCCACAAGAAAUUUUCUCAAAACAUUUCUAUGCGUGUUCAUCUUCGAAUUCACACAGGUGAAAGGCCUUUUGCUUGUACUAUGUGCGAUAAAAAGUUUUCCUCGCAUGGUUCCCUCCAAAAACAUCUUCGAAUGCAUACGAAUGAAAAACCUUUUAAGUGUUAUAUGUGCUUGAAAUCGUUUGUGACGAAAUGUAAGCUGCGUGCUCAUUAUUUAACUCACACUAAGGAGGAGGCUCUUGAAUCACAGCCAAGCGAUGGUUCGAACGAGAACCCUAUUGCAUGUACCGUGUGCAACAAGAUUUUUAAGACAAAAAAAAAUUUGCGCAGACAUAUCCGUAUCCAUACUGGAGAGAAACCUUUUGCAUGUCUUUCUUGUGACAAGAGAUAUGCCGAUGACAGUGAUCUGCGUAAACAUAUGAAAUCACACGCACCUCAAAAAGAGUUUUCUGUAAAUAGCAUUACUGAAAUGACUGCUGAUUUAGCUGACGUUCGCAGUAUGAAUGUCUUGACUGAGAAAAAUCUUGAUGGCAGUAUACCUAUUUCAGGAGAGUAGUACUUAGAUCUUGCUAACGCAAUCGGACUAACUGGUGGUGCAGGAGAAAAAUCUAAUGAGUGUAGAGUGUGGUAAUUUUCAUAGAACCCAAAUUUAGACAUGCCUUCGAACCUCGAAACUAAAGAAAUGAAAUGUAAAGUGUUGAUGUUUAUAUUCAUGUAAUGUUCUUAAUGUGAUUUUCCUUGUUUCUCAAU